CCAUGAAUAUGAUGGCGACACCCACAUUAGCUUGUUUGGCAAGCAAGAAUUCGAUAGAAAGGUAAAAUCCUGUCCCCCACAACUCGGCUUCCACUGAUUUCAGACCACACAACCCAAAAGAAAGAAAAAAGAAAAAACCCCUUUUUCUCCUCCAUUCCACAUCUCCAUCUACCAACACCAACAAAUCAAAACCUCUCUCACAGAAACUCAACAAUGGAGAAAACAGAGAUGGAAGUGAUGAAGGGCGUAGACCUGAAAAGGUACAUGGGUCGGUGGUACGAAAUAGCCUCAUUUCCCUCCAGGUUCCAGCCCAGAAAUGGCGCAAACACAAGGGCCACCUACACGCUGAGAGACGAUCGGACGGUGGAUGUCCUAAACGAGACCUGGUCCGACGGCAAGAGGGCUUUCAUUCAGGGCACUGCCCUUAAGGCUGACCCUGACAGUGAUGAAGCCAAGCUCAAAGUUAAAUUCUAUGUUCCUCCCUUUCUGCCCAUCAUUCCUGUUGUUGGAGAUUACUGGGUUUUACAUCUUGAUGAUGAUUACCAGUAUGCUCUCAUUGGCCAGCCCAGCAGAAGUUACCUCUGGAUAUUGUGCAGGCAGACCCAUUUGGAUGAUGAGAUAUAUAAUCAACUGGUGGAGAAAGCUAAGGAACAAGGCUAUGAUGUGAGCAAGCUUCGCAGGACAACACACACUGAACCUCCACCAGGGGGAGAUGAAUGUCCUGAAGAUACUAAAGGGAUAUGGUGGAUCAAAUCUGUGUUUGGGAAAUGAUCUAGGUUUGGAGAAGAAAGUUGAUAAAUUUCACCACUUUUUUUGUGUUCAGUGAAGAUUUUUGUGCUGGGUGUGGUAGAACUCUUGAAAUGAAUCCUUUCUUCUUCUGUCUGUAUAGUCAGUCUCUUUCAGAUAUUGUGUUUGCUGAAUAGUUUGAAUGAAGCUGCAUUUAAUUUA